GGAGAGUUUGGUGCCGAAGCUCACGCUCGAAGGCGCCACUCUCUUAUAUAUAUAUAUAUGCGAAAAAGCAAAACAAGUUGGGAGUAGCCGCGCUUUAAAAUUAGUGGUGCGUCGCGAAAAAGGUUGCCAAGGGGGUGGCUCAUCGAGCAUAUAUCAAUCAAUAGGUGAUUUAUUUGUGCGGCCGUGUAUAUGCGAGUAGAGUCAAGUGGAAGUCAACAUGCCGAAAGACCGCGGGGAAGGAAGCUUGCACGGCCAACGGAAUGUUCAUUCUAGUUGAGGAAAUGUCCGAUACGCGGCGUUUGGCGCAGAGGACGAUGCGGCAAUAUCCGUGUCGGUUCGGGUUAUCCCUUCGCGACUCUGGCCGCUACAACACCUAUAAAAGACAGCAUUAUCUCUUUCCCGUAAUUCUCUAAAUAUAUAUAUAUAUAUAUUUUAUAUUGAGCCGCGUAUCGCCGAAAGUACGUUACGGCUAAUGCGUCGACCGUCGUCCUCCUUAACAUAAAUAAAUCUGGAAAAAACACGAGCCAUGGUGCGCAACCCGAUGUAAGCUCACGAGAAUAAAAACUGUGUAAAACAUAAAAAAAACAUUGAAAAUAAAGAAAAAGUAGUUGGUGCGGAACGAAAAGGAGUCUCAGGCGCACACGUUUCCUCUCGUUUCUCAUACGCCUCUCGCUCUUUCUCUCUCCUCUGUUGUGACCGUUCGCGUUCGCAGAACGUUUCCUCCAUUUCGAAAUAGAACCGGGAAUGUCGAGUUUCGCCACGUGAAUAUAGAAUAAAAAUAAUAUCGAAAGUAGAAAGAAAAUGAGGAAUGAACGCCAAGUUUUUGGCUUGGAACGUAAUCCGUAAGUACAUAUGCACUUUACUUCCGUCUAUUGCGCUCCGCUCCCUCUCUUUCCCCGGCGGUGGUUGAUUCUGGCCAGUGUGCGCGAGCAUCGCGGACGAGCGCGAGAAGGAAGAAGAGGGGAAGGUAAAGAAAAGAAAAAAAAAAGAGAGUUGGCAGAUCGCGCGACAGCGGGAAGGUUGGUAGAUCGGAGAGUGGUGAGAAAAUUCUCGUGAGGGAAAGAAGAAAAUAAGAAACGAGAGUUUCUCGAGGCUAGCGUCUCCCGAGUGAAAAUACAAAAAAACGAAUAAACUAGCAGGGAUCGCGUUCGUGCGUGCGAGUGUCGUGUGCGCGCGUGAGUGUGUGUGAGUGUGUACGCGCGUGUGUGUAUGCGUGCGUGGCUGCGGGUGUGCGAGCAGAGUGAAUUUUGUUCCAAAUGUGAGAAGAGCAGCAGGGGUGGCUCGGAGGGAACAAGAGUGACGGAAAAAGAGUACGCCUGAAAGAAUGUUAGCGACGACGAGACGUCGAUAAAAAACAAGACGGAAAUAUGUUGACGCAAAGCAAGUUUUACGCUCUUUUUAUUCACUACACGUUCGUGUAGUAUGAUAGGGGGCGGGUCCUGCUGCUCGAAUACAGUGAAAAACGCGGCACUGCAUUAACGAGUUCGCAGUUUGUGCGUGAUCGACGGGAUACGGGGGCAACGAGUUACGACGCAAAGAGAAUAAAAGAAGCAACGAGUGCCAUAGAUUCCAGCCAAUAUUCAGGAAUAAAUAAAGAGUGGAGUACGUGUGACCGUGUCAACUGGAAAGGAGAAACGCCGCCGAUACGAGACGCAUGAAAAGAGAUUCUCGAGUAUUAGAAUUUUACCCAUAGAAAAACAACAACAAAUUUAAGUGAAAUAAGAUGGGGUGAUGCACCAAAGUCGAUUUGCGGCUUCAUCGAAGAAAUACAACCGAGGCUACGAUACUUUUGCUUGGAUAGCAUUGUGCCCCGAAGUAUUAAAUAAUCGAGUAUUUUUCGAGGACCGAAACGCGGAGUACGCGCGGAAGUGAGCACAACGAGAGAGAGCGAGAGAGAAGGACAGCCGUCGACACUAAGAGAGCAGACUAUGAUAAUUCCAACAGCAGAUUGAGUACACUCGCUGCUUCAUGUAUACGGCGGACAUGAAAAAUCUUGGUUCACGUUGGACUGGUCCCAACAUACCACUACGCACUGCCGCAGCGCGUUCGUUACUGGUCGCCGCGAUAAUUUCACCAGAGAGACUUAACGGUAGACCGAAGGAUAACAUCAAGAGUUACUACAGGAGCAGCAAGAGCGACGAGAGGCGUUCCACCGACAACAAUAACAAUAAUAAUAUUAAUAAAAUAUAUAAUAAUAUAUUAAAUGAGUACAAGAAUAUAAUCGGAAAGGAGAAGAAGAGGGAGGAAUCGAAGGAGAGCGUUAAGCCGAGGAACGCGAGGAGUAACAACAGUAAAAAGAACCGAACAAUUCGAAGCCGCUACGGCAUCGUUAAGAAAAGUAACAAGAACAAAAGCGUGGUUCAACAGCUGCAUUUAUCCGUCCGAUCCUACAAAACCGCUCUUAACGUUAAAAGUACGAGAGCCAUCGCCGCAACGGCAACAAACGUAAUCGAGAAGAAUAAUAGCGCGAGAAUAUUAAUAAAUCAUCAAACGCGAGAGAAGCUUAUCGAUAUUAUCGAAUCUAUACCCCUCUGCUUGUUAUCGCUUCGAUAUCUGCUUCGUCACCACUCCAAAUACUAUUCACCACCUAAAACGACUAGCCGUUAUUUCAGGAAGUGUUAGCACCUACCGUCAGGAAGGUGCCUUUGACGUGUGCAGCCUAGACAAUGUCCGAAGAUUCUGACUCCAUAUCAGAAGAACGAAGCUUGUUCCGUCCGUUCACGCGGGAAUCCCUGGCUGCGAUCGAGGCUCGCAUCGCCGAAGAGCUCGCCAAACAGAAAGAGCUCGAAGCUAAAAGGGCGCAAAACGAGGGAGGUUAUGGACGGAAGAAAAAGAAAAAAGAAACUCGCUAUGACGACGAAGACGAGGACGAGGGCCCACAGCCCGAUCCUAUGUUCGAGCAAGGAGCUCCCAUUCCGGUCCGACUGCACAACGAAUUUCCCCCUGAGCUGGCCUCCACACCCCUCGAAGAUAUCGAUUCUUUCUACCACAAUCAAACAACGUUCGUGGUCAUCAGCAAGGGGAAGGACAUAUACAGAUUCUCUGCGACGGAUGCGUUAUGGAUCCUCGAUCCGUUCAAUCCAAUACGGCGUGUGGCGAUCUAUAUUUUGGUUCAUCCACUCUUUUCUGUGUUCAUCAUCACCACUAUUUUGGUUAACUGCAUACUCAUGAUCAUGCCCACCACGCCCACCAUCGAAUCCACUGAAGUGAUAUUUACGGGCAUCUACACAUUUGAGUCCGCCGUUAAGGUGAUGGCGAGGGGUUUCAUUCUGCAGCCUUUUACCUAUCUUAGAGAUGCAUGGAAUUGGCUCGACUUCGUAGUUAUAGCUUUAGCUUAUGUGACGAUGGGCAUAGAUCUAGGCAACCUUGCCGCUCUCAGGACAUUUCGAGUCCUCCGAGCCUUGAAGACUGUCGCUAUUGUACCAGGUCUCAAAACCAUUGUCGGCGCUGUGAUAGAGUCAGUAAAAAACCUGCGCGAUGUGAUAAUCCUAACAAUGUUCUCCCUAUCCGUCUUUGCGUUAAUGGGACUCCAAAUUUAUAUGGGAGUCUUGACGCAAAAGUGUAUAAAAAACUUCCCAGAAGAUGGCUCGUGGGGAAACCUCACCGAAGAAAACUGGGAACGAUUCGUUAGUAACGAAACAAAUUGGUACGUCGAUGACGCUGGAAACAUGCCCUUGUGUGGAAACUCGUCCGGAGCCGGUAUGUGCGAGCCCGGUUACACGUGUCUCCAAGGCUACGGCGAGAAUCCGAAUUACGGUUACACGAGCUUCGAUACGUUCGGUUGGGCACUAUUAUCGGCGUUCCGUUUGAUGACCCAGGAUUAUUGGGAAAAUUUGUAUCAAUUGGUCCUGAGAUCGGCCGGUCCUUGGCACAUGUUAUUCUUCAUUGUCAUCAUUUUCCUUGGCUCGUUCUAUCUCGUCAACUUGAUCCUCGCCAUUGUCGCUAUGUCUUAUGACGAGCUGCAGAAAAAGGCGGAGGAGGAAGAGGCAGCCGAGGAGGAAGCGAUACGGGAAGCUGAACAGGCCGCUUUAGCGAGAUCCAACAGAGCCGCUGCACACGAGGCGGCCCGUGAAGCCGCUGCUGCCUCUGCAGCAGCCGAUCAAAUCGUUAAAUCACCCUCAGACUUUUCGUGUCACAGUUACGAGUUGUUCGUCGGCCAGGAAAAAGGCAACGACGAUAACAACAAGGAACGCAUGAGCAUAAGGUCCAUCGAGUCUGUCAGCGAGCAAAGAAUAAAGCCGAUGAACAACAAUCACAGCAACGCUGCUAAUAAAGUUCGCAAAGUUAGCGCUGCAAGCCUUAGUCUACCCGGCUCACCGUUCAACGUAAGGAGAAGCAGUCGUGGCAGUCAUCAAUUCACGAUACGAAACGGUCGUUCAAGAUUCGUCGGUACAGCGGGUAGCGAUAGAAAACCGCUCGUACUAUCAACUUAUCUCGACGCCCAAGAGCACUUGCCAUAUGCCGACGAUUCGAACGCCGUCACACCCAUGUCCGAGGAAAAUGGGACUAUGGUCGUACCGGUUUAUUACGCCAGUUUGGGCUCCCGUCACUCCUCGUACACGUCACACGCGUCCAAAUUAUCCUACACCUCGCAUGUUGAUUUGUUCGGUGGCCUCACUAACUCCGGAAAACCAAUGACCAAAGAGAGUCAACUCAAAAGUAGAUCGGCGAAGGCACCUUCCGUUAAUGGCCACAUGUUGGAUUCGACGCAAAAACACCUUCAUGACGCCGAAAUGGAGGACCCGUUGGGCAAAACGAAACAGCAAGACAACCCGUUCAUAGAGCCUUCCCAACAACAUGCUGUGGUUGACAUGAAAGAUGUGAUGGUACUAAAUGAUAUAAUCGAACAGGCCGCUGGUCGGCAGAGCAGAGCAUCGGAUCAAGGAGUUUCGAUCUAUUACUUUGCAACAGACGACGAUGAAGAGGGUCCGACUAUCAAGGAGAAAAUACUGUCCGUCAUUUUACGAGGAAUCGAUAUUUUCUGCGUUUGGGACUGUUGCGCGCCGUGGCUCAAAUUUCAGGAGUGGGUCGCACUCAUUGUUUUCGAUCCGUUUGUAGAGCUCUUUAUCACGCUCUGCAUCGUUGUUAACACUUUGUUCAUGGCUCUCGAUCAUCACGACAUGGAUCCAGAUAUGGACAAAGUCCUCAAAUCCGGUAAUUACUUUUUUACUGCAACGUUUGCGAUCGAAGCGGGCAUGAAGCUGAUGGCGAUGAGUCCGAAGGAUUACUUUCAAGAAGGAUGGAAUAUAUUCGAUUUCAUAAUCGUCGCCCUUUCGCUUCUCGAAGUCGGUCUCGACGGGGUUCAAGGAUUGUCCGUAUUGCGUUCUUUCAGAUUGUUGAGAGUAUUCAAAUUGGCGAAAUCGUGGCCAACGCUGAAUCUGUUGAUAUCCAUCAUGGGCAGGACGGUCGGAGCUCUUGGCAACUUGACCUUCGUAUUGUGCAUUAUCAUAUUCAUAUUUGCCGUGAUGGGGAUGCAGCUGUUUGGCAAAAAUUACACGGACAACGUUGAUCGUUUCCCCGGUGGUGAAUUGCCGAGAUGGAAUUUCACCGAUUUCAUGCACUCAUUUAUGAUCGUAUUUCGCGUACUGUGCGGUGAAUGGAUCGAAUCGAUGUGGGACUGCAUGCACGUAGGUGACGUUUCCUGUAUACCGUUCUUCUUGGCCACCGUCGUCAUUGGUAACUUGGUCGUACUCAAUCUCUUCUUGGCCUUGCUUUUGAGCAAUUUCGGUUCGUCAAACUUGUCAGCUCCGACAGCCGACAACGAUACGAACAAAAUAACCGAGGCGAUUGACCGGAUAGCACGUUUUAUACAGUGGAUCAAGCGAAACUGCGCUGAGGCUGCUAAAUUCAUGAGAGCCAAAUUCACCAACCAGAUAUCCGAUCAGGCGCCAGGUGAGGGACCGUCCAACAGUUGGAAAGAAGAUGGAUUAGACCGGGACGGGGACCGAGAUCUGGCGGAUGCCGAAUUGGAUGGAUACAGGGACAAAAAGAGCGCCAAAGAAUUCAACAAUCAGUUGGAAGUCGCUAUCGGUGAUGGCAUGGAAUUUACCAUUCAUGGAGAUCUGAGAAACAAGUUGACGAGAGAGAGGCUUAGCAUAAAUAACACCAAGGCCAUUGGUAAUUCCAUUAACCAUCGGGAUUAUGGACUCGAUCGCGAUUACAUAAAUCAUCAUGACGAGGAUACUAUAAGCAACAAAUCGUAUGGCAGCCACAAGAAUCGUCCUUUCAAAGAUGAGAGCCACAAAGGGAGCAUGGACUCGUUGGAUGAUGGAGAAGAGAAAAAAGAUGCGAGCAAAGAGGAUCUCGACGAUCAAGAUGAUUUGGAAAAUGACAUUCAAGACGAUGAGAUCGGCCACGAGAGGCCGGUCGAUGGUGAAAUAAUCGAUGACGAAUAUCCGGCGGAUUGUUGCCCCGACAAUUGCUACAAAAAGUUUCCGUUCUUGGCCGGCGACGACAAUGCUCCCUUCUGGCAAGGCUGGGCCAAUCUCAGACUAAAGACUUUUCAACUUAUCGAGAACAAGUACUUCGAGACAGCUGUUAUCACUAUGAUCUUGCUCAGCAGUAUGGCACUCGCCCUCGAGGACGUUCAUCUCCAACAGAGGCCUAUACUCCAAGACAUAUUGUACUACAUGGAUCGAAUCUUCACAGUCAUCUUCUUUCUCGAGAUGUUAAUAAAGUGGCUGGCCCUUGGAUUUGCGAAAUACUUUACGAAUGCCUGGUGUUGGCUCGACUUUAUCAUCGUCAUGGUUUCGCUCAUUAACUUCGUAGCGUCGCUCGCUGGCGCGGGCGGGAUUCAAGCCUUCAAAACAAUGAGGACCCUAAGGGCCCUAAGGCCACUCAGGGCGAUGUCUAGAAUGCAGGGAAUGCGGGUGGUCGUCAACGCAUUGGUACAAGCGAUACCUUCCAUCUUCAACGUCUUGCUGGUUUGCCUUAUAUUCUGGUUGAUAUUUGCUAUAAUGGGAGUGCAAUUGUUUGCUGGAAAAUACUACAAAGUAAGUGAGCCACGGUCGUCGUUUAUCAUUCCGAAAAAUUUUUAUUCCAGUCUCGUUAUUGUUGUUUAUCUUAUAAACACUUUGCAGUGCGUCGACAUGAACAAAACGACGUUGAGCCACGAAAUAAUACCGGACAGAAAUGCCUGCAUCGCUGAAAAUUACACGUGGGAAAAUUCGCCAAUGAACUUCGAUCAUGUUGGAAAAGCUUAUCUGUGUCUCUUUCAAGUUGCUACUUUCAAAGGUUGGAUCCAGAUUAUGAACGACGCGAUCGAUUCGAGAGACAUAAAUAAACAACCGAUACGCGAAACGAAUAUUUAUAUGUAUCUCUACUUUGUAUUCUUCAUCAUAUUUGGAUCGUUUUUUACCCUCAAUCUAUUUAUUGGAGUUAUCAUCGAUAACUUCAAUGAGCAAAAGAAAAAAGCUGGCGGUUCGCUCGAGAUGUUCAUGACGGAAGAUCAGAAGAAGUAUUAUAACGCUAUGAAAAAAAUGGGCAGUAAGAAACCACUGAAGGCGAUUCCCCGGCCAAGGUGGAGACCCCAAGCAAUUGUGUUUGAAAUAGUGACGGACAAAAAGUUCGAUAUGAUAAUCAUGUUGUUCAUCGGAUUCAAUAUGUUGACUAUGACAAUGGACCAUUACCAACAAAGUGACGCGUUCAGUAACGUGCUGGACUACCUCAACAUGAUAUUCAUUGUGAUAUUCAGCAGCGAGUGUCUCAUGAAGAUUUUUGCCCUGCGAUACCACUACUUCAAGGAGCCAUGGAAUCUCUUUGAUUUUGUUGUUGUUAUAUUAUCAAUAUUAGGCUUGGUACUGAGCGACAUUAUUGAGAAGUAUUUUGUCUCGCCCACCCUCCUCAGGGUGGUCAGAGUGGCUAAAGUCGGACGAGUAUUGCGUCUCGUAAAAGGCGCAAAAGGCAUAAGAACUCUGCUAUUCGCUCUCGCGAUGUCAUUGCCAGCUCUAUUCAACAUUUGCCUCCUGCUUUUCCUCGUGAUGUUUAUAUUCGCGAUAUUCGGAAUGUCAUUCUUCAUGCACGUCAAAGACAAGAGCGGUCUCGACGACGUGUACAACUUUAAAACGUUUGGACAGUCGAUGAUACUGCUGUUCCAGAUGUCAACUUCAGCCGGUUGGGACGGUGUACUCGAUGGCAUUAUAAACGAGGAAGAUUGCCAAGAGCCGAACAACGAAAUAGGCUAUCCAGGCAACUGUGGAUCAUCGACAAUAGGAAUUGCAUACCUGCUAUCGUAUCUCGUCAUCAGCUUCCUAAUCGUCAUCAACAUGUAUAUCGCGGUGAUAUUGGAAAAUUAUUCACAAGCGACCGAAGAUGUGCAGGAGGGAUUGACCGAUGAUGACUACGAUAUGUAUUACGAAAUAUGGCAGCAAUUCGAUCCAGACGGAACGCAGUACAUACGAUACGACCAGUUGUCAGAAUUUUUGGACGUGCUGGAGCCUCCGUUGCAGAUACACAAGCCGAACAAGUACAAGAUAGUGUCGAUGGAUAUCCCCAUAUGUAAGGGUGACCUUAUGUUUUGCGUGGAUAUCCUCGAUGCGCUCACUAAAGACUUUUUCGCGCGGAAGGGCAAUCCGAUCGAGGAGACGACGGAAUUGGGCGAGGUCCAGGCCCGUCCCGACGAGAUUGGUUACGAGCCGGUUUCCUCGACCCUGUGGCGCCAGAGAGAGGAGUAUUGCGCCCGGUUGAUACAAAAUGCUUGGAGAAAGCACAAACAGCAAAGGCUCGGUGGCCCGAGCGAGGAGAGCGACGAUCCUGACAUGGAUCCCCGCCUCCGACAGACCGCCGUUCUCGUUGAGAGCGACGGUUUCGUUACCAAGAAUGGCCAUCGGGUUGUCAUUCAGGGCCGUUCGCCUAGCGUUACAUCGAGAACCGCGGACGUUUGAUCGGCCGCUAGCCGCGUACUGCCACGCCUGAGAUGUCCCACAACCACCCACUUCCCCGAUCAAACCGCAGGAUCUUCCUCCUCGUCGAAUACCAAUCCAAUCGUCAACGAUGGUGUCGCCGCUGCUGCCGCUGCCGCUGCUGCAUCCGCCGCCGCUGCUGCCGCCGCCGCUGCACAUAUUUAUCACGAGCAUCCUGACGAACGAUCGACCAUCGACCACCGAUGAUUGCCACCGUCGCUUUCAUUACCCCUCAUCGCCAUUCCCACUUUUUACUCUCUUUCUCUUUCUCUCUCUCUCUCUUUUUCCAUUUGAAGAGCUCAACACAUUGAAACUCCCAAAUCCAGCAACCUUUUAUUAUUCGCCCAACGACACGUGCGAAGAAGCAUUUCCCCGUGCGACGAGAACACGGAGAGGCCGAGAUCGAGGUCCGGAGACCGUGACAGAUCGAAAAGAAACGAGCCGAGAAACAAUCGAGGAGGAAAACUUGCGCACGCCUCUCACUCGUUGCUUCAAACGGCAGGCCUUAUACUUUUGUUGAGAGGAUUUAAGCAAACGAAGGGAGAGUUGCCUUGACGAACGGGCGCACCGUAACACCGUCCUGAAAAAGCUCCGUUUUAUCAUCUCGCAACCUAAACGGACGCUUUGCCGCAAAAAUUCAUGGAGCUUUCGUCGGAUCACAUUCGUCGACGGAGCUUGCUUCCUUCGAGGUUCCAGAUCUCACGAGAUAUGAAACAGAAAUGAGCGUGCAGCACGCCGGUCUCGUCUUCGUCGAUCAAGCACCGAGGACGAGAACAAUAAUUGUGCUGGCGCGUCGUCGCGUCGACUGACACUCGUAGACGCCCCCGCGAGGACGUCCACGAGUGCGAGUACGAAACGGUUAAUGCCUGCGAGGAUGAAAAGACGAAUAAAUCAAUCCUACAUGGACAGUAGCGACUUGACUCUCGGAUCGUUUCCCCAAACAGUUGAUCAAACACGUUUCCCGGAGUCAACCGAUCCACCGUCCAUAUAAAAUCAAAUUUAACGAAGAAAAGCAAACGACCCCUCAUUCCCGUUGGUCCGACGAGAUGCACCAAAGUCGGAGAGUCCCGUCCAAUCGUUGACGUCGAGACGCUCCUCACAAAAGCGAAUCCAAACGGAGCGAGACCGAAAUAGAGAAAAGCCGAGGGCGACGACAGCAAAGACGAAGAUUAAGGGCAGACAACGUUUUCUCAGGAGGUUGCACGCACCGACGAAAGCAUCCUACGGAAGCCGACACUUCAUCGACACCGCGCAGCCUCUCCAUCCUCAAUUUCUCCGUCAACGACACAUCGCUCGGCGAAGCUUCGAUUCGAUUACUUCAACGCACAUUAACCCAAUUCGAAUACAAACGUGCAGAAACAUAUACACUUGUAAUUAUCAAUUGGGCGACAUUUCAAAGUGGAGACAUUUUUUUCUUUGGAAUAUUGCAAUGUUCAACCGAGCUCGUCUCGUCUCCAUGCUCUGCGCACCGCAUACUUCAUUGUUUAUCAACAUCGUCGACACAUACGAGCAUCCCUGCUUCUCCCCUCCCCUCCCCCUCCAGCCCUCUCCUCCUCAUCGUAGUGAUGACUCAGGACAAGUUGACCUAGUGUCUUUGGACAAAAUAAAUCUAGAGUCGACUUGUGACGAACAAGGUCAGACGCGGCAAUGCGAUGCGACACGCGGGACGAACGUUAUUUAUUUAGAAUAUUUAUGAGUAUGCACGCGUCUUGUCUUAUUUGAGGUCAACAUUUUUUAUCUCAUCUGUCAAAUAGUAUGACUCGAGUUUAGACGUACGAAGUAAUCUCGCGUGAGCAGAGCUCUUAAAUGGUAUUCGGAGAAGUCUCGCCGCGACUCUGGAAUUUGCGGAGUUCAAUCGACACUGCUGGAAAUCCGUAGUUUUUUUUUCACUCGUCGAUUUGGCCCGGUCUCACGUGGUUGGUGGGCAGCGUCUCUAUAGUCGACCUGUCGCAAACAAUAAUUGUGGGUGAAUAGUUUUGUAUGAAAAUAUCAAUUUGAAUUCGUGUCACGACUAAGAUUCCGUAUAAUGUCGGAAAAGUGGAAAAAUUUUUAUAGAUUAUUCGAAUGAACAACGAAAAAAUCUUCGACUCUCCAGAUUCAAUGGUUUCUUUAACAAAUGUCGAUCGAAAAAGGGAUUAGCAGUGUUUUUAAUGAAUCACUAAAGAUGAGUGUUGGAUCAUUAUUGCAGGGGCACGAGAACAGUCGAAGCUUCGGAGGAUUUAUAACCGCGCGAAAUGUAUAUCGAGGAAAUACAGUUAAAUGGAAUAGAACGGCGGGGCCAAUGAUAGUGAAAGAAAACGGACAUUUCCAGUGGCAAAAUAGAAUUGGCAAAUUCGAACGUCGAUGCAUCCCAAAUAUUGCGCGACAGGUUUCCUCCGCACGAAAUUCUAAUUCCGGGUAUAAAACUAAAGUUCUCUCGGUUGGCGAAUGAAAAAAAUGUUGCCCGAAAAUGACACGUGCGAAUACACAUACGUAUCUAAAAUGGAUAUGAAUGAUAAAAGUGAUGAAAAAUAUUUAAUCGUCGCCGCUGCCGCAGUGUACAAGUAUCAAAAAGCCCAUUUAUUACCAGAUAUAAUAACAAACAAAAUUGGAACGGCUCCAUUCGAAUGGCAGAGUAGCGAGUUAUACCGUUCGCGAUUGGUCCUCGUUUCUAAGCAGCUUUCGCGCAGCACGCCGCUUUCCUAACCUCCAAAAGUUGUCGAUCGUCCUCCGCGUCGAGCAGCCCGUAAAACAACAUGGGAGUCGGAAAAUGUUUUUCACGAUGUUUCGCAACCGAGUGACCGAGUAAUCGCGUGAAAAUUUAUUGAAAAUUUCGAAAACCUGAAGCUGCGAUCAGCUGCUCGGAACUGCGGACAAUCGAGGGGGUGCACCGUCGCCCUCUGCCGUUUGGAUCGGGCGCCGGGGCUCGCGGGGGCGCUUAGCGCCCGAGACGUUUGCACGAGAGCCUGGCGUGCAUACGCGCGAUAAAAGAAAGUGAGAAAAAAAGCAAUGCGAAUACGAAGAAUAAUGAGCUAGCCGAUGGAAAGGAGGAGUAGAUCUUCGGUCUAGUCGUUCUUCUAACAUUCCAGUGUUUCGAGGAACAAAAUAAAGGCGCAAAACUACGAAAAAACGUACAAGAGAUAUAUAUCAGUGAGAAAUAAAACAAAAAAAGUGAGAAAGCAAAAAGGAUGAGAGACAGGUGUGAAUUAUUCAAAUAGAACAAAUUAAAACGAAAGAUAAAGACUAAACCAAUGAAAUCCUCAACCGUAGAUCGCGCGAGGAUACAUAUAUAUGCGCAUGCAUAAUACAUACAUACCUAUAUAUAAACACACGGUUAUGUAUGUAUACAUUUGUAUGGUGAAACUUUCAUCCAAAAAGUUUUUCUACGUUGUUUCAUUGAUCAUCAUAAUAAUUGAAUUAUUGUUACUCAUUGGUAUAGCCUGUAGUUUAUUGCGGCAUAUCGGGAGGCGGCGUUGUCCUCGCGUAAUAUUAAUAUACAUAUAUAUAUAUAUAUCUAUACGCAUGCGCAUAUGAAUAUAUAUAUAUAUAUAUCUAUAUUGCAUGUGAUAUGAUGCGUACCAAAAGUGCGAAUGGAAGGGUUAAAGGAUUAGAGAAGAAUGCAAAAAAACGAGGAGGAGACGUGAGCAGGGAUUUUCGAGAGUAAACAAUAGCAGCGACGAGACUUUUCGAGGUUAGCCGGUACUUGACACGCGCGGCUGAGCGUUCGAAUGUUCAAGUAUCGAGUAAACAUGCCCGCACGGCACGACGUAUCGGUUGACAUCGGACGGAGGCUCGUACGUUGCCGGAUGAUUUUUUUCAAAUGCGCAAGCUGCAGGUAAAAGCACAAGGAGUAUCGAUACAGUAGAUGAAAAGCGUAUUUAUUCGGGAUGGAGAAUAACGAGAAGGCAGGAGCGAUAAAAAGGGCACUAUGAUAAAAAUCCUACUUAUUUACAUGUAUGUAUAUAUGGAUACACACGUACGUGGAUAACUGCUGCUAGCGAAGAGGGGAGCGUCAAAGUAUUCGCAGAACUCGCUCAACCGUCGAGCUUUUUUCCUGCUUUGUUAAGCCACAGAUAUCCGUAUAUGUAUGUCUCUAUCCAUAUAUAUGAAUAUACAUUUGCAUGUAUUUAAGUAUGUACAUAUAAAUGUGUGUAAAAAUAGCAUUUAUUCGCCCGCCUUAUCCUUUACCCCUUGCCACCCCCACCCCUGUCCUCUGUCCUCCGCCCCCCGAUAAUGAAACAUUUUGCGAUAAACGAGUGCAUAUUAUCGUUAAGUACUGAUUGCGGGAACGUUGCAAAUGUCGCGCAGCGCGUACCAUUUAUACGCUAAACGAACGAAUCUAUAGAUCGAUCAUAUACGUAAAUAUUAAAAAGACGAUGAAGAGAAAGGAAAAUGACAAAAAAAACAACAAAAACAUACAUCAGCCUACUUGCAUUUUUUGGCUUUUUAUAAUUGCACACUUCUAUAUAUAUAUAUGUAUAAAUUAAUACAUACGACAACACGGACUCGCGCGCGCGCAGCCAUAUUUACACACACACACACACACACACACACGCGCGCACACUCGCACUCACACGUAUUCUCAUGUAUUUAUGUACAUAUUGGUAUUGCAUAUAGUAUGCCCCUCAUAAACGUCUGGUCAGGGAAUAUGGACCUGGAGGAAUACACUCAAUUUCGGAAUAAUCGACGCCGCAAUGAUCCCUUGUUUGUUUGUUUUCUUAACGUUGACUAAUUGGACGAACGCAUUAAUUCGGACGGAACGAAGAAGUGAAAUCGACAAAAAAUUCUAAAGGGGACUCUGAUGCAACGCACCGACGAGCCGCGUCUAAACUAUCUCUUACCCCUCCAUGAAAGUCGACGAAACACACUUUUUUUCAACUUUAUUGAGAUAAAGACGCGCGCGCGAGCGAAACGUACGCCGGCCCACACACACACCCACACACACACAGAGACGCGCGCUUACACGUGGACGGAAAAUAAACUUCGGGACCUUUCAGAAACGGACUUUAUUUGAAAAGCUUUCGAUAAUGAUUCUUCAUUUGGAUUUGAUGAUAGCGAGUCGUUGAAAUAAUGCUGGAAAAAAAUCGAAAUAACGCAACAUCUUUUUGUUAUUUAUUGCAUUUUUCUACGGAUUUUUAUUCCUGUUUUUGUCAAAUGACCAGCAUACGCUCUCCCAAAAUCGAUCGGGCCUCACGGUUUCUUCCCCCGCGAAUAAGUGUUCAAAAACAAAACAAAAAAUAACAAAAGUGAUUUCGAAUAUUUUUUCGCGACGAGUUGUCCCAUCGAUCCACCAAGUUCUACUUCCCCUUUGAUUGAAAAUUGGUGGCACGGAUUGGCGAGUAAGCGUCGCUUGAAAAAAAUAUGUCGAACAGCUCUACUUCGGUGAAUUCUCGAAUUCUCGAACGUUCAACGACAAAUUGAAACCUUUGUAAUUCUUCCCUGUCCAUCUAAUUACGAUUUUAUGCCACGGAUUCGGGAUUGUAUUCGACGACCUUUACAAAUGUAAACAAACUUUGGACAAACGGUUUUCGUGUCGAGCCGUGCGGAUCUCUCUCGGUUAACAAGAAAUUCUGCGUGUAUCAUUAAUUGCCGCGAGCUACAGGAGAACGAACGUUUUUAACCAUUUAUUUCAUUAACUGUGUGAUAAUAUUUCGUAUUAUAAAUUGUCCGUUUCCAAUUACCGGUUUAGGUACUCUGAGCUUUACGCGUAAAUAUAGGUUAUGUUACUGGCCCGUUCGCGAACAAACACACGUACACUAACGAACGGAGGUAUUCUCUUGUAGCAGUGUAAAAAAACUUGACACACCACACUAAACAGUCACAUUUUUAAGUUGAAUUUAUGAACACUCGCUAGUUCCUACAACACAAAUCGAACUAUGUUUUUGUCAGAGCUUUAUUUUCUAACCAAGCGACAUAUGCGUAAAGAUUUUUCCCUUUCAACUCCUUUCACGACCUAUUUUUUCACAUAACGUACACUUCAUUCUAUUAUAAAAAGUGAUAGUUUCAUUGUGAAAGAGAACAUUAAAGAUCGUCCGAUUUUCUAUGUUGAGAUCUUUUUCGUGAAUUUUUAUACAAGAGAGAUCAAGAGAGAAAGAGAAAGAGAUAGUGAGAGAGGGAGGGAGGGAGGGAGAAAGCGAAAGGAACAGAACAGGUGAGACAGUGUUGAAAGGGGCUAAAGAGCAACGUAGAGGCGAAUGUUAUAUUUUUACUCACGAGCAUACGCGCAUACACCCCCCACGUCCGCGGAGAAAAGUAAUAAGACACAAAUUGAAAGAAUAAUAAUAAAAGAAAAAUAGUAAAUUAAAUAAAACGUUCAUUAAUAUAAUCGAGCUACAUAGAAGCUAAAAAAAAGGAAAUAAGGCGCGGUGAGAUUGAGGAAACGAUCGCGCACUAUACAUUUUACUCGUACAAAUUAUUCAAAUAUCGGUGUCGAGUCUGCUUUGUUGAAAUAUUUUAGAAUGCCUCUUUCGAUACAUUGAUAAUGACGCGAGAAAAAAAAAAUCGAUAUAUAUAUAUAUGUAUAAAGCAAACUCCCCCCGUCAAACGAAUCUAACAGUCCAAGUGUUCAAGAAUGAUGUUGGUUAAUUACGUUGAAAUGGAAUAUCCGACACACGUUUAUUACCCAUCGAAGUGUUGGAGUAUUAUUAUCAUCGUCAUUAUGUCAGUUUUAUUGCUUUAGGAAAACUUUUUCUGAUCGCGAUUAAAAAUUGUAUACAAUACAAAAUCGACCACAGAUCGGUCGGCAUAUAUUAAUUGCGAAAAGAAAAAUACGGUGAAAGUCGAAAUCUUGUUAUACCAUAUCGUAUAUUGAUCGAUCGAUAAUACAGCUAGAUCCUCUACAAGAAGACUUUGGAAAAUAGAGACAAAAUUCAAUCCAUCUAGGCUGCGUUCCGAAUUGCGCUCGAAGCGCCUGUACAGCGUACAGCGUAACCUAGCGGGUAUAUACACACUAGGCGCGUUCAAAAAGUUCACCAUUUGCGCUGGAAACGCGCUACACUACCAAUUUAAUAGUAUUGCCAUUAUAUUUUGCAUUGUUAGCGCGAAUAGUGACUUCCUGAAUGCGCCUAUUAUGGGUGCGUUUGAGCGCCAUUCGCACGAUUUCGAGCGCGGCCAUACCGCUAAAAUGCUACAAUAAAUAAAUAGGCGUCCAAUAACAUAAGCGCGGGAAAAAAAUAUCUGUGCUGUUGUCGUCGUCGCGAGAACGGUAAAACUGGCAUGGAAAUCUGCAUUCGAAAUAGAUAUUAGAAGCAAUAAACGAAACCCAAGCGAGUAACGUUUUUUCCCCAAGAUGAAAAUUUCGUUGGAAAAUAUCGAAUGAUAAAUUUGCCCUCUUUUUAUUAAAACGAUAAUGUAAUAAUGCAAUUGUAAAAAUUCGCCAUCGUCACUCGACCGCGUGUGGAUAACCUAAAAAUGUGUACUUGAGGGGGGAGAGCUAAUCGCAUGGGGGCGCUGUGUAAAUUAAAAAACUAUACACCCGUCGGUGGCUGAUGAGUGAAAAAACGGUGAUUUUCUCAAGGCUUCGAGUGUGUGUACAUUUAAAGAUAAGGGUAAUGAUGUUUCGCGAAGUUCGCGAAGAAAAAGGUUAAUUAUUUCACCAUCGUUCGAGUCUGCUCAAAAUAUGGGUAUGUUGAAUCGUCCGCGCGUUAGAAAGAUCUUCACUUCCCCAGUUUUUAUAAAUCUUUCGCGAGGUACAAAACGAGUCUCCUUGCAAUUACAACAAACGAGCUGCGUUCGAUUCAAAAUACACUUUUGUCCACCUCGAGACGAGUUGUUUUUCAUUUUUUCGGCAGACACCAGUGUGAAAAAAAAAAACAUUUGCCCGAAUGUAUUAUAUCUAUAGACACUAUUUUAUUGAUUAUAUAAGGCUCAUAGAUUUACGUAAGUUUUCAUCUUUUUCGAAUUCGUUUGAGCGAGAGCGACGAGAGGCGUGAAUAAAAAGAGCUCUUAUAUCAUUUUCACCGGAUAUUCAAAGAAUAAAAAAUGUCGAGUAUAUGGUGAGAGUAUGUAAAUACUAUAGUAAUUCGCUUGUUUAUACUCAUCCUUAAAUACAAAAAUAAAUAUUGUAAAUUUGUCUCUUUAAUUUGGGGAUCGCUGUAAUAUAUAGCUACGCAGGCGCUGCAGUCUAUCUUAAUUCGCCCGCAAUGAAUCGCUCAACGCGAACCGUUACACACACCACGUACUUUCUCCCCUAACGAUACUGCCUUUUUUUCUCUAGUCUCUCAAAAAUCGCGCAUAUUAUAAUGUAAAAUAUUAAAUAACAAUUUGGAACAAGAUAUGCAAAUAUACCUGCAAAUUGGUCACUCGAUUGGUGUGUUUAUCGGGAAAACGAAAAGAUGAGAUAAUAGAAAAAGAGCAAUGGAACAGAACGAUCACGCGUUUUGGUUCGAAGAAUCGAGUGAUUUAGAAAUAAAUUGGAAAAAUUCAAAAACUCUACAAGUUGCCACGAUUUUCCGUUUUGAGGCUCGCACUUUUUUCGGUUAAACCCUGUGAUCAUAAAGUUCGAAACACACACAUACACACUUACCCACAUAUAACGGGCGUGCGCGCGUGCGCGAACAAACGAACAUGACAAAAAAACUUAGAUCGAUGCUGUUCUUCAAUUCCACUUAUCUCAAAUGCAUUACAUUCGUUAUGUGUUGUUUCUUAUCGUUUCUAUUAUUAUUUCCCGGUAAAUAUCAACAAAAUGGAGGAUUAGAAAAGUUUGAAAAAACUUUUAUUGCAAAACCAUCAGCAGCAGCAUAUUUGUACAUGAUAAUAAAUCGAUAGAAAAUGAAAAAAAAAAAAAAACAAAAACAAAAAAAACAACCACGAGUCUAUUGUAAAGUAUGAAGCUGAAGAGCCUGUCGGCCAGUAAUUAACGAGCAACUGCCAUGGGUCAAGCUAGGUAGAUGAGCUAAGAAUCCAAUUUUCAAAAACCUAGCUAUGGGGAAAAAGAUAAAAACAACCAAAAAAAAAAGCAACAAAAAAAAACAAGAGAACGACACUUUAUUAUUACAAAAAGUACUGUCCAUAUUAUAUACACAUUCUGUUACACUUACCGAGUAUGAAUAACAAAAGAGAGUGAGAGCGAUAGCAGGAGAAAAUAUAAGGAGAAAAACAAAAAAGUUCUCAUAAUGUAUUUGUGCGAAUGGAAAUGUUUGGAGCAAAGAGAACGGGCUGAAAAAUUGAUCGAUGAGAAAGAAAAAAUAAGAACGCUGUUAGGUGUAGUUAGCCGAGAGAGCGGAAAAGAGAGGGCUCCUUUGUUGAAUGAAAUUCUCAUUAAUCUCUAAUACAGAAAUAUGAGUUAUUUGCACAAUAUUAUAAAUAAUUACUAUGUUUACUACGAUUACUGAAUUAAAGAGCAAAUAAUGCAAAGAUUUCAUAGAAUGAGAAGAUGAAAAGCAACAACCAAACGGGAGAAGAAAAAAAAACUGUUGUUGAAUAAUGAAUACGCGAACAGAGGAAAAAUGAGAAAAAAAAGAGCAAAAACAAUAAGUGAUUGUAGCGCGAACAAUUGAUAUCGGAUCAAAACACAUUUAUUUAUUGUUCAUUAUUAGUUUCAAGAUCUUUAUUGUAUUAUUAUCAUUAUAAUAAUAAUUAUUAUUAUUGUCAUUAUUCGUUAUCGUAUAAUUAUGAAAUAAAUAAUAAUGUAUAAUUCCUACGAUAAUAGUUACAAGAUUAACAAGUUGUUACCGCUUUGUUAUACACGAUAUAAUUAAUAUAAGAUUAUAAAAAAGUAAAAAAAAAGCCAAUGCAUCAUUGAUUGGUCCUUUAUUUAGAAUAAACGAAAAAAAAAAGCAAACAAAUAAUUAAAUUAAACAAUAAACGGAUAAAAUAAUGCGAUGAGGAAUGAAAGAAUAAAAAGCAACAACAAGUAAUCGUUAGGAAUAAUGAUAAUGUCUCUACUAUAUGUUUUACGAUUUCGCUACGAAUCUCUUUGAUUUUUUUUUCUAAUCUAUUAUCCAAAAUUCGGUUUGUUGGUCUGCGUGGCCGAGCGGAUAUACACAUUUUACAGAAAUAUUUUCAAUAAAUGAAAAAGUUUAACACUC